AUGCCUUCGCUAGCCGAUAGUGAGCACUCCAGUACAGAGCAGUAUCAGGGCUUCACAAAUGAAAUUGCUGAAGACAUCAAGCUGCUUGCCCGCACGGCUACCAACAACUCCGAGACUGGAGAACUGGUAAACCAUUCUUUGGCUAGAGCCCUCAGCAGAAUGUCUGCUCCGGGCAUAAGUCCUAUGGGGCAAGAUAAUAUCGAUCCUCGUUUAGAUCCUAAUUCUGAUUCUUUCGAUUCCAAGUUCUGGGUAAAGAAUAUGCAUCAGUUGGCAUGCGCCGAUCCCGAUUAUUACAAACCUUCAUCCUUAGGCGUUGUUUACAAGAACCUUAGAGCAUACGGCCAGGCUGCCGAUGCAGACUAUCAAGCAAAUUUUGGAAACGCGGUUUACAAGACAGUAUCUCAAUUCAUCCAGAAUCGUUCUCUGGGGCACCGGGAAAGAACCCGAUUUGACAUUUUGAAGCCCAUGGAUGGGAUAAUUGAACCUGGUUCUGUUACUGUCGUUUUGGGAAGGCCAGGUGCUGGCUGUUCUACAUUCCUAAAGUCUCUUGCGGCCCAAACUCAUGGAUUUCAUAUCGAUAAAGACUCUGUUGUGCUGUAUGAUGGACUAUCACCAAAAGAUAUCAAAAAGCAUUUCAGAGGUGAUGUCAUUUAUUGUGCUGAGACGGAGUCACAUUUUCCACAGAUGACUGUCCAGCAGACCUUAGAAUUUGCCGCUAGAAUGAGGACGCCUAGAAAUAGGCCCGAGGGAAUCUCAAGAGAAGAAUAUGCCAAACAUAUGUCUGAGGUUGCAAUGGCUACUUACGGCUUGUCUCAUACUAGAAACACUAAAGUUGGCAACGAAUACAUAAGAGGUGUUUCGGGUGGUGAAAGAAAAAGAGUAUCAAUUGCGGAAGUACAUUUAUCACGAGCCUGCUUACAAUGCUGGGACAAUUCUACACGUGGUUUGGACUCUGCCACUGCUUUAGAGUUUGUUCGAGCCUUGAAAACCUCUGCAAUGGUAACUAAGACUACUCCAUUAAUUGCGAUUUAUCAGUGUUCACAAGACGCAUACGACUUGUUUGACAACGUUAUUCUUUUGUAUGAGGGCUAUCAGAUUUACCAUGGUUCUGCAAGAAAAGCAAAAGAGUUUUUCACUGACAUGGGGUAUCAUUGUCCUCAAAGACAGACGACGGCUGAUUUUUUGACUUCGCUUACAAACCCUGUUGAGAGAGAGGUUAGAAAGGGGUACGAAGACAAAGUGCCACGGACGCCUAAGGAGUUUUAUGACUACUGGCAAAAGUCAAAGGAAAGAUCUGCCAUAGUCAAAAAAAUUGAUGAAUAUUUGGAUUCCAGUGAAAUCGAGAACAAGCGUAAAGAGUUUAGCGAUUCCCAUCACGCACGCCAGGCUCGGAAUUCUAGAUCGAAGUCUCCGUUUACUGUUUCUUUCGGAAUGCAGGUGAAAUAUUUGAUGGCACGUAACUUCAGCCGUACGAAGGGGGAUCCUUCCAUUACAUUAUUUUCCGUUAUUGGCAAUGUCAUCAUGUCAGUGAUUGUCUCGACGAUGUUUAUUGAUUUAGAUCCUGAUACUGAUUCAUUUUAUAGAAGAACAGCAGUGUUGUUCUUUGCGGUAUUACUUAAUGCCUUUGGAUCAUUAUUGGAAAUCUUCUCGCUUUACGAAGCCCGGCCUAUUGUUGAAAAGCACAAGACAUAUGCCCUCUACCACCCAGCCGCUGACGCAUUUGCUUCAAUCAUGACUGAGUUACCGCCCAAGUUAAUUCAAUGUAUCGCGUUCAACGUUGUGCUUUACUUCACUGUCCACUUGAGACGCAGCGCUGGCCAUUUCUUCUUCUACUUGUUGGUUAAUUUUUCGUGUACGAUCGCUAUGUCUCACUUGUUCAGAUGCAUCGGUGCUGCCACCAAGUCUUUAUCAUCUGCAAUGACUCCUGCGUCUUUGUUGCUUUUGGCCUUGACUAUUUUCACUGGGUUUGUGAUCCCCCCUCAGGACAUGCAUGGCUGGUGCAGGUGGAUCAACUACAUCGACGUUGUCGCCUACGCUUUCGAGGCUUUAAUUGCCAACGAGUUCCAUGGAAGAGACUUUCCAUGCUCCACAUAUGUACCUACUGGCCCAGGCUAUCAGCCACAAGGUGAUAGUGUCAUAUGUGCUGUCACUGGGGCUAACGCUGGAGAAAGCUUUGUGAAUGGAGAUGUAUACAUCGAUCUCUCUUUUGACUACAGGAAUGCUCAUAAAUGGAGAAACUGGGGAAUAGUUGUCGCGUUUGCUGUGUUCUUCUUCAUCGUUUAUAUCUUCUUGGUUGAGAUUAAUAAGGGUGCGAUGCAAAACGGCGAAAUAUUGGUCUUCCAAGAAUCGGCCUUGAGGAAACGAAGGAAGCAAUUGAGGUUGUUGAACGAUAUUGAAUCAGAGACACCUGAUGAGAAGCUUAAAACUGAAGAUCUAUUUGAAGAAGAUAAUGAAACUGAUGAUAGUGAUAACAAACUCCCCAACACCACUGACAUCUUCCAUUGGCGUGAUUUGACCUACCAGGUCAAGAUCAAGUCUGAAGAGAGAGUGAUCUUAGAUGGUGUCGAUGGUUACCGCUUUGAUGGAGCAUCUGGUGCCGGUAAGACAACCUUGUUGAAUGCCUUGUCUGAGAGGUUGACCUCAGGAGAAGUCACGAAGGGAAAAAGAAUGGUUAAUGGGCGAGAAUUAGACUCAGCUUUUCAAAGAUCGAUAGGUUACGUUCAACAGCAGGAUUUACAUUUGGAAACUACUACUGUCCGUGAAGCUUUGAAGUUCUCAGCAUACUUGCGACAACCUUCAUCAUGCACGAAGGCUGAAAAGAUGAUUAUGUCGAUCGGUGUUCCAGGUGAAGGUUUGAACGUUGAGCAGAGAAAGAGGCUAACUAUUGCCGUGGAAUUGGUGGCGAAGCCUCGUUUAUUGGUGUUCUUGGAUGAACCAACUUCGGGCUUGGACUCACAAACAGCUUGGUCUAUUUGCAAGUUGAUAAGAAAGUUAGCAGACCACGGCCAAUCUAUUUUGUUUUACUUUGGUGACCUAGGUGAAAACUCACAAGCUAUGAUUGAUUAUUUUGAAGGAGAGGGUGCACCAAAAUGCCCACCCGAGGCGAACCCAGCAGAAUGGAUGUUGGAGGUCAUUGGUGCAGCUCCUGGAUCCCAUGCUGACAGAGACUACCACCAAGUUUGGCUCCAGUCCAAAGCCCGCAAAGAAGUGAUUAGGGAACUUGAUGACAUGGAGAGAGAGCUCCCAAAGAGACCUGUUUCUGAAGAUCCAGAGAAAUACAAAAAAUAUGCGGUAAGCUUCUGGACGCAAUACAGACAGGUUGUCAAAAGAGUGUUCCAACAGUAUUGGAGAACGCCAUCAUACACUUACUCGAAAGUAUUAUUAUCUAUUGUGGCAUCGAUGUUCAAUGGCUUCACCUUCUUCAAAGCUGAUAAGACACUUCAAGGUCUUCAGAAUCAAAUGUUUUCGGUCUUCAUGUUUAUGGUCGUUUUCAACACUUUGAUCCAACAAUAUCUUCCACACUUCGUUUCUCAAAGAGACUUGACAUAUUCAUGGGUGACUUUUAUUCUUGCGGUUGUCACUGCUGAAAUUCCUUGGAAUAUAGUAUGUGGAACAUUGGCAUUCUUUGUUUGGUACUAUCCGAUUGGGUUAUACAACAAUGCUGUACCUACUGACACUGUGAAUGAGAGAGGUGCCACGAUGUGGUUCGCAAUUGUUUGCUUUUACAUCUAUACUUCGACUAUGGGACAACUUUGUAUUUCAUUUUCGGAAUUGGCAAACAACGCAGCCAACUUGGCCAGUUUGCUUUUCAGUAUGAGUUUGAUGUUCUGUGGUGUUUUAUCUUCAAAGGAUGAUAUGCCUAGGUUUUGGAUCUUCAUGUACAGGGUAAGUCCAUUUACUUAUUUCGUUUCUGUGGUACUUUCGGUUGCGUUAGCCAACUCGGAGGUAACAUGCUCAGAUAGGGAGUUGUUGAGGUUCACUCCAACUCUGGGAACAUGCGGUGAGUACAUGGAGCCUUACAUGCUGUUUGCCGGAGGUUACCUUGUCGAUGAAAAUGCUACUGAAGUAUGUGAAUUUUGUACCGUCAAGUCUACCAACGCCUUCUUGAGCACUAUUGAUGCAGAUUAUAGUCAGCGGUGGAGGGACAUGGGUAUCUUCAUUGCUUUUAUUUUUAUCAACAUCAUAGGAACGUUGUUCUUCUACUGGCUUGCAAGGGUACCAAAAAGAUCACGCGAGAAGGCCUCAAAAAAGUAA